GCCGUGAACAUGACAAAUAAAAAACAAAGGGCGGGAAAAGAGAGAAGGGGCACAUUGAAGAGGAGCUCUGCGCAGCGACAACAAAGGUAGAAAAUAAGAAACGCAGACAAGCCGGCUUUGCCCGGUAAUUCUAGUUCCGGCAAAUGGCAGGUGGUGGUGGCGGUUCGAUUAUGGUACUGAACGUGGCGGAGAAGCCAUCAGUGGCGAAAGCCGUAUCAGGGAUCCUAUCAAGGAAUCAGGGCCUGCGUGUGCGAGAAGGCCGGUCUCGUUACAACAAGAUCUUCGAGUUCGAUUACACUAUCCGUGGGCAACGAUGUCGCAUGCUGUUCACUUCCGUGACCGGCCACCUCAUGGAACUCGAAUUCGAAGAUCGCUAUCGCAAGUGGCAUUCCUGCGACCCCGCCGACCUCUACCACGCCCCUGUCCGCAAGUUCGUCCCUCAGGACAAGUUGGAUAUCAAGAAAACAUUGGAGGAGGAAGCUAGAAAGUGCCAGUGGCUUGUCUUGUGGCUUGAUUGUGAUAGAGAAGGUGAAAAUAUAUCGUUUGAAGUGGUAGAGACAUGCACUGCUGUGAAUCGCUCUCUUAAUGUGUGGAGGGCUAGAUUCUCUGCUUUGAUAGACAGGGAGAUCCAUGAAUCUGUUCAAACUCUUGUCCGACCCAAUCAGUUGUUUUCAGAUGCAGUGGAUGUUAGGCAGGAAAUUGACCUCCGGAUCGGUGCCUCUUUCACAAGGUUUCAGACCAUGCUGUUGAAAGAUGCAUUUACCAUUGACGUUGCAACAGAUGAAAGGAGUCUUGUUCUAAGUUAUGGCCCAUGUCAGUUCCCAACACUUGGGUUUGUUGUUGAACGGUAUUGGGAGAUCCAGUCGCAUGAGCCUGAAGAGUUCUGGACAAUCAACUGUUCUCAUUCCUCCGACGAAGGCAUUGCUACUUUCAAUUGGAUGCGUGGGCAUCUUUUUGAUUACACAUGUGCUGUUAUAAUAUAUGAGAUGUGUGUUCUGGAACCCACUGCAACUGUAACGAAAGUUAGACAUCAGGAGAGGCUGAAAUAUCCUCCACACCCUUUGAAUACUAUUGAGCUUGAGAAACGUGCAUCAUGGUACUUCAGGAUGAGUUCUGAACAUACUAUGAAGGUGAGUUUGGCAUUUCUGAUUCUCUUGAGCUCUCUAGUCCUGUUCUCAUGCCUUUCCUUUUCUAUUUAA